GCAUGACCCAAACAUGCUACCUGAUAGCAGCUAGGUUUUUCCCCUUUGAAAUGGCCACAUUUUUUUAAAAAAAGAAAGCUUUCCGUAUGCUUUUUUGCCUGUCUCAACGCAUUUUUUCCUUUCCUCUCAGAAAUAGUUUUAAUCUCCCUAAAAAUUGUCCCUCCCCCCCCCUCCCCCAUCCAGUGAGGACUUGUUUUGCAAGCUCUCCCUCCGUUUGUCGCCCUGGGGAAAAAAGGCAAAUUCAAGUCUCCCUCCAGGCUUGUUUUGAAUGCAAACACGUCCCUGUCUCUGUGUGUGUGUGUGUGUGAGCAUGAGAAAGGGGAGGGACUUUUGGCUUGAGCUGUUCGUCUUCCGUUAUUCUUAAGUAUGAAAAAGCCAGCCCCAGCAAACUGAUGCAUUUUGCUCAGAUCCUGUCAGCCUGACACCAUCCAGCUCAGCGAUCAACAAAUAAGACGACAAAGAAACUCCUCAAAUAAACCCCAAUCUGGGACCCAUUUUGACUCCCAAUUCAGACAUGGUGGCAGGUCGUAAGAAGAAAAACCAGAAGAAGAGAGUCCUUGCAGGCCCCACGGCCAUGGAGGUGCAGGAUCUCAGACAGUUUCCACUUGCAGAAUCUCUCCAUAGACAACCACCACCAGGAGGUCCAAGGACGGCCAUGGAUAUGAUUCUGCUGCUUUUAAGAGAGGUGUCAAAGGAUACCAAACAACUACGAGCCGGGCAAGAUUCUCUGCUUGCUGAGAUGGCCGAGUUAAGAACAUCAAUAGGCCAAAUGAAUCAGUGGCUUGAUUUAGCCGAAACACGAUUUUCCUCUUUGGAAGACAGAGCUUGUGAAACCCAUCAAACCAACUCAGUCAUGUCGGCUUCGCAGUCUGAUCCCACAGCAUCUCCAUCUUCCUUCAGCUCUCACCAAAUGAUCUUGGAUGCUGUUCGGACUGCUGCUUCACCAGGUUCGGCUUCUGUGUACAGUGGGGAUGCAUCAAGUGAACCUGCUCCUCCUUCAUCAGAACAUUUCAGAACUGCUUCCAGCACAAGGGUGUACAGUGAGACUGAGAAGACAGCGCAUAUUGAGGCUGAGGAAUCUGGUCAGCAAGAAGACACCUUCUGGGCAGCAUCAACAGAGCCACAGCUGUGGACAAGCAAACUCCCAGAGACCCCACAACCCCCAUCUCUAGUUGAAAUGCAGAAAGAAGCACCAUGGACAGGCACACGAUUGUCUAGAAGACGUCCCACCAAGAAGAGAUCCGGUGCCUCUGCUCCAACCUCCGCCGCUACCUCUGCUGGGGCUCUGGGUCGUCUUGUCUCAUCACCCCCCAAAGAAGUGAUGUCUCCCACUAAACGUCCACAAGCAUCCAUUGUCUGGCGCUAUUUCACAAAGCAUCCCACAUCCAAGUUCAUUGCUGCCUGCAACAUCUGUGGAGUGAGUGUGAAAACUGGAAAAAUAGGAGGCUGUGGCAGGGUGGGGACUUCAGCACUGCUCAAACACAUGAAGUCCAUCCAUCACAUUGCCCAGGAGAAGGCACCAUCUGUAUUGCCUGCAGCGAUUUCUAAGAUGAGAACUGCUUCUAAGAUGAGCAAUACGAGAAGGCCUUCCGCUGUUGAGAGACUCCGCAGAACUGGAUCGGCUGCUUCAGUUUGCACUGCUACUGCAGAGGCGACUCGUCGUUCUCUUGCCUCUUCACCCCCUGCAAAAGUUAUGUCUCUGGCCAAGCGCCCACGAGCAUCCAUUGCCUGGCGCUAUUUCACAAAGCAUCCCACGUCCAAGUUCAUUGCUACCUGUAACAUCUGUGGAGUGGAUGUGAAAACUGGAAAAAUAGGAGGUUGUGGCAGGGUGGGAACUGCACCUCUGCUCUCGCACAUCAAGCGCAUCCACCACAUUGCCCGGAAGAAAUAGGUGUUGGGAAAAGGGACACGCCUUGGGACACUGGGUUGGGAGCAAUAUUUUAUUAUGGCAGUUGAAUAAAUCAUAACAUUUUCUUUU